AUGGGUGUUUGUGUGACUAAAAUGGAAGCAUAUGAUCAUUUGAAAGUGGUAGGCUUUAUCAAGGGUUAUAAUAAUUGGAUAGCACAUGGAGAGCUUUCUAACUACUAUGAAGCCACAUCUAAUUCUGAAAAUACAUCAAUUGGGGUUUCAAAUGGGACUAAUGACAUGCAAGACUUGGUCCAUGAUGUAUUUGGGAUACCACAUGGAACAAAUGAAUUGAAUAGAGAAGGGGACUUUCCUGUUUCAGAGGCUGAAAAAUUUUACAAAUUGAUUGAUGAUUCUCAACAGGAUUUGUACAGUGGUUGCAAAAAUUUCUCGAAGUUGUCUUUCAUUAUUCGUUUGCUUCACCUAAAAUGCCUUGGUAAGAUGAGUAACAAGAUUUUUAAUAUGCUUGUUGAGCUGUUGAGAGAAGCAUUUCCAGAGGCCAUGACUAAUUUGCCUUCUUCUUACUAUGAGGCUGAGAAAUUGAUGAAUACAUUGGGGCUGGGUUAUGAAAAGAUCGAUGCAUGUCCUAAUGAUUGUUCUCUUUAUUGGGGUAGUGCUGAAAAAAGAACUUCAUGCGAAACAUGUAACGAGCUUAGGUGGGUUGCUUCAGAAAAUGAUCCAACUGGUGAAAAAAGAAAAAUCCCUCAAAAACAUGAGGAAAAACAUACAAAAGAUGGUUGUAUGAGACAUCCAGCUGAUUCUCCAGCUUGGCAAACUUUUGACCAUCUACAUCCAGAAUUUGCUAAGGAUUGUCGAAAUGUUAGAUUGGGGUUGGCAUCUGAUGGGUUUAAUCCAUUCAACAACAUGAGUUCUACACACAGUACUUGGCCUGUGGUUUUAAUACCAUAUAACUUACCUUCGUGGAUGUGUAUGAAGCAACCGUACUUCAUGUUGUCCUUGUUAAUACCCGGACCAUUCUCUCCUGGGAAUAAUAUUGAUGUUUAUCUACAGCCUCUAGUUAAAGAAUUGACCGAAUUUUGGGAUUUUGGCAUUCAAACUUAUGAUGCAUCCCAAAAAGAAAAUUUUCAAUUGCAUGCAGCUCUGUUGUGGACCAUUAGUGAUUUUCCUGGAUAUGCAAUGUUAUCUAGGUGGAGCACUAAAGGUGAAUAUGCUUGUCCUGUUUGUCACAAGUUCACUCAUGCUCGACGGUUGACUCAUAGUUUCAAGCAUUGCUAUAUGGGUCAUCGUAGAUUCUUAGAUAGUAAGCAUAAAUUUAGAAAGCAAGCCCAAUUGUUUGAUGGCACCGAAGAAUAUGGAAAGCGACCACCUUUACAAACUGGGGAUAUGAUUAAUGUUUGUGAAAAUAUUUGGGGGACAUUGCUGGAUAUUGAGGAUAAAGCAAAGGACCAUUAUAAUUCCCGCCGUGAUUUGAGAGAAAUGGGAAUAAGAAAAGAGCUGCAUCCCAUUGAGACAGAACCUAGAAAGGUUUACUUACCUCCAUCUUCCUUUGCAAUGGAUAAAAAACAGAAAACUAUGUUUUGCAAUGUGCUAAAAAAAGUGAAAGUUCCAGAUGGUUAUGCAGCUAACGUCUCAAGAUGCGUUCGAGUAAAGCCACCAAGAAUUUCGGGGCUUAAAAGUCAUGAUAAUCAUAUUCUAAUGCAGCAAUUGAUGCCUAUAGCUUUGAGAAAGACUUUGCCAAAAUCAGUGCGCUAUCCUUUGAUUCGAUUGAGUAGAUACUUCAGGCAGCUUUGUUCUAAAGUUAUUUGUCCUCAAGAUGUGGUUCGUUUGGAAAGUGAAAUUGCCGUUAUACUCUGCGAUCUUGAGAAAUGCUUUCCACCAACAUUCUUCGAUGUCAUGGUGCAUUUAACUAUUCAUUUGGCAACUGAAGUGAAAUUAGGUGGCCCGGUGUAUUAUCGUUGGAUGUAUCCUAUAGAGAGAAAUGAAGAAGUGCAUAAGGAAAUUGAAGAGGGUUUAGAUAUAUUCUCUAAAUCAGGACAUCCUUUGGGGAGGGGCAAGGCAACAGUUUUUGAUGCUCAUAUCUUGAGUAAAGCACAUCAGUAUAUUUUAUUUAACUGUGAUGCUGUCACACCUUACAUAGAGCAGCAUCGUAGAUUGAUAGAAGAAUGGCAUCCUCAAGUUCCACAGCAUCUAAAAGAGCGCUUGCACAUCGAAAAUUUUGCUUGUUGGUUUGCUGAACAUUUAGAACUUCCUCAAAAUGUUUCGGUGUUGAGAGACUUGAGGUUCCUUGCUAAAGGUCCAGAUGUUGUUGGAAUCCAACAUGACAAGUAUGUUGUUAAUGGAUUUCGGUUUCACACCAACGAAGUUGAGAAGAAAAGAAAAACGCAGAAUAGUGGUGUUACAGUCAAUGCAACAACAUCCAGUUUUGCAGGUAUAAGGGAUCAAAAUCCAGUUUUGAGUGAACUAGUCUACUUCGGCGUCUUGAAAAAUGUUGUUGAAUUAAUUUAUGGAGGUCGUCGGGUGGUGUUAUUCGAAUGUGAUUGGAUAUCAAAUGGUUCGAGAAUGAAACAAGAUGCUGAUGGGUUUACUGUAGUCAAUUUUGCAAAUGUGAGGCCUCAUGUUGAGCCAUUUAUACUCGCUUCACAAGCAUCACAGGUUUUUUAUGUGGAAGAUCCAACUGAUAAGGAUUGGCAAGUUGUUAUCUCUACCACUGCAAGAGGUGGAUAUAACAUGGGCACAACCAUGGAUGUUGAGACAUAUUUGCAAAGUGAUGUUGGCAAUCCUGUUGUUGAGAAUGAAAAUGAGGAAAUUAGUUGGGUUCGUGAGGAUGGACUUGGGAUUGAAGUUGAUUUGUCCCAAUAUAAUCUGAUUUAG